UUUUUUUAUUAUCUCUUUUUGCACACUGAAAUCAGUUUUUAGGCAAUAUCCGAAGAAACCCGUUUGAUUUCGAUCAACAUGGUUAUUUUGAUGGUCGUCCUUUCAUCUCUUUUUCCCUCUCUCAAAACCCGGCAAAAAGCCAGCGAAGGAAAAUACCUCUUUUGAGAGGUAGUUUGUUAUUCCGUUCCGAUCGAGCCAUCAUCCAACCCCAUCUAUUUCUUUCUUUAUUUAUUUUCUUCUGUUUCUUCUUCCUUUCUCUUGGUGUCUCCGUGUCUGGUUUUCUUUCUCUUCUUUUGUUCUUCCUUUUUUUUUUUCUUCCACUGUUCGUCUUCGGUGAUCGAAGACGACGUGAGAUAGGGGGGGGGGGGAGAAUCGAAAGAAAAGAAGAAAACCCAAACAAGAACUAUAAUCGAUCCUGUUCUUUUUCUAUUUGAUUUCUGGGUAGCAUUGCUGCUGUGAAUGGAAUUGGAUAGCAUUGAAUGCGUCUCAUCCUCGGAUGGGAUCGACGAGGAAGAGAUCCAUAACCAUCAGUUCACCUCGAAGCCCCACAACAAUGUAGUUUCCCCAGCGAUUUCUCCUGCCACCAGCGUCCACGAACUUCUGGAAUGCCCUGUCUGUACCAAUUCAAUGUACCCACCUAUCCACCAGUGCCACAAUGGGCAUACACUAUGUUCCACCUGUAAAACGAGGGUACACAAUCGAUGCCCUACUUGCAGACAGGAGCUAGGAGAUAUAAGGUGUCUAGCCUUGGAGAAGGUGGCAGAGUCACUUGAACUUCCCUGCAAAUAUUGUUCCUUGGGCUGCCCAGAGAUCUUCCCUUACUACAGCAAGCUCAAGCAUGAGGCACAGUGUAACUUCCGGCCAUACAACUGCCCAUAUGCCGGAUCAGAGUGUUCUGUUGUUGGAGAUAUCCCUUUUCUAGUGGCCCAUCUGAGGGAUGACCACAAGGUUGACAUGCACACUGGAUGCACAUUCAACCAUCGCUACGUCAAAUCUAAUCCCCGUGAAGUUGAAAAUGCCACCUGGAUGCUUACAGUCUUUAACUGUUUUGGUCAGUACUUCUGUCUGCAUUUUGAAGCCUUCCAGCUUGGCAUGGCUCCAGUUUACAUGGCAUUCCUUCGUUUCAUGGGUGAUGAGACUGAAGCUCGUAACUAUAGCUAUAGCCUGGAGGUGGGGGCAAAUGGACGUAAACUCAUAUGGGAGGGUACACCACGGAGCAUCCGGGAUAGCCACCGGAAAGUCAGGGAUAGCCAUGAUGGCCUAAUUAUCCAGCGUAACAUGGCACUUUUCUUCUCUGGUGGGGACAGGAAGGAGCUAAAAUUAAGGGUUACAGGGAGGAUAUGGAAGGAACAACAGAACUCAGAUGCUGGGGUGUGCAUACCCAAUUUGUGUAGCUGAAGCGCAUGCGUUCCACAAUGUCUUGGUUGCCUGUGUUUGAGAUACUCUUUUGUCGUCUGUAUCGUGCUGUACGAUUGCCAACUUGUUUUCCCGUAAAAAUUAUUACAGAAAGAUGUUGGGUAGUCUGGAAGAUGUACGGUCACCGGAGAUUUGAGGUUCUACAGAAUGGUUAAUAAGCAUCUUUUCUUUUCUUACCCUUGUUAUCUAGGCUUUGUUUGUGGCUUUUUGUGUAACUUGUAUAGUUGUACUAUGGCCAUGAUCUUAAUCACAGGAUAGAGGCAGAGGCAUUUUUAUAAA